AUGGUGAAACGUCGCCGCAAGACGCGCACCCAUCUCAAAGGGCCCAACAACAGCGCAUCUACCUCAACCUCUGCGCCUAAAUCCUUCAUCAUCCGCACAGGCAAGGUGCCGCGCUCGGUAUCCACGCUCGUCUCGGACACGCGUCGGGUGAUGGAGCCCAACACGGCGACCCGGCUUCGCGAACGCACAUCCAACAAGCUCAAGGACUUCAUCUCGAUGGCGGGUCCCAUCGGGGUGACUCACCUUGUAAUCUUUGGUCAGACGGAUGCCGGGGUCAACCUUCGCAUCCUUCGUGCGCCGCGUGGUCCCACCCUCACGUUUCGGGUCAACAAGUAUGCCCUGGCGAAAGACGUCCAAGCGGCGAGUCGACGGGCGUCCCCACCGGGGAGCGAGUAUGUUACACCCCCGCUGUUGGUGCUCAACAACUUCGGUGGUGAGGAGCGAGGGGUCAAGUUGAUGGUGGCGACCUUUCAGAACAUGUUCCCGCCCAUCCAGGUGCAGAGUAUGAAACUGUCCCAGGCACGACGUAUCGUGUUGCUCAACUACAACUCUGCGACGGGCACGAUUGAUUGGAGGCACUACCUCAUCUCUGUUCGUCCCGUUGGCGUUUCGAAAUCGGUGCGUCGCGUGGUCGAAGGCUCCCGUUCCACUCGAGGCGCAGGAAAGCUACCCGACCUGUCCUCCACCCAAGACAUCUCUGACUACGUCCUCAACCGAACCACAUCGGUCAACGGAGAAUUCGAAACCGACGCCUCGGAAGCCGAGUCGGAAGCGGAAGACACCGCCGAUCCGCGCAACGCCGUUCGGCUCCACGACCGCUACAUCGGUCGAGGCAAUUCCGCCAACACCCAGAAAGCCAUCCGUCUGCGCGAGAUCGGCCCCCGGAUGGAACUCAAGCUGGUCAAGAUCGAGGAGGGGUGCAAUGAAGGAGCGGUGUUGUUCCACGAUUAUAUCAAGAAGACGAGUCAGGAACAGACGGCCUUGCAUCGGGAACACGUGGAGAAGAAGCGACUGCAGGAACAGAGGAGGGCGGAACAGGAGGAGAACGUCGAGAGGAAGAAGGCUGAGAAGGUCGAGAUGAAGAAGGUGAGCAGGAGGAAUGCCGGGUUGGCGAGUGAGAGCGAGGAGGAAGAGGGGAUGAGUGCGGAUGAUGAAGAGGAAGAAGAGGAGGACGAGUUUGCGUAUGAGGACCAGUUUGCGCCUGCGGAGGAGGAGGAGGAGGUGUUUGAGGACGAGUCGGCGGAUGAGAGCGUCGCCUCCGAGGAGGACGAGGAGGAGGGUGGCCAACCAUGGAAGCCAUCCCGCACAAACGGCGGAGUGGACAACCCCCCAGGCGUAGACCCUUAUUCGGACGAAUCCGACCUCGACCCCAUCCCCGUCGGCGGCAUGCAGCACGACUACAACAGCGCCGAUGACUGGCCCGAGUACUCUGACGACGAGGCCCCACCUCCAUCGAAAAAGCCUGCUGCUCUCGGCAAACCCUCAUCCACAGUCAAAUCCAGUCGUGGCGCACCGCAGAAGAAGAGGGGUCGUCGAUGA